GGGAGGGCGCGGAGAGCAGAACGGGGGUCGUUGCUGGAGCUUCUGCCGGUUGUCUCCGGGUCUUCUUAGGUCUCGCCGCGCGGCCCUGCCAGCGGGGGCAGUCAGCCUACGAGGAGAUAAAUUAAUCAUCGUAACAACGGGAAUUUUCUCGUCGAGGAGCGAGGCAGCCAAUCGGCGCCCGGCGUCCGGUUGCCUGGCGGCGUCGGCGAGAAGGAAGCAUGGCGGCCACCGGAACGGCGGGCACAGGAGCGGCGGCGCGGACCGAGUCCGCCUCGCCGACUGCAGGGGGUUUGGUAGUGAACUGGUCAGGUCAAGGAUUGCAAAAGCUGGGUCCAACAUUACCCUGUGAUCCCAAUACUCACACUCUGAUUCUGGACAAAAACCAGAUAAUUAAAUUGGAACAUUUGGAAAAAUGCAGGAAUCUGAUGCAGUUGUCUGUAGCCAACAAUCGUUUGGUACGAAUGAUGGGUGUAGCAAAACUGACUCAGCUCCGUGUGCUAAACUUGCCUCAUAAUAGUAUUGGGUAUGUAGAAGGGCUGAAGGAGUUGGUGCACCUGGAAUGGCUCAACUUGGCAGGAAACAAUCUUAAGGCCAUUGAGCAAAUGAAUUCCUGCACAUCUCUUCAGCACCUUGAUUUGUCAGACAACAACAUAUCUCAGCUAGGAGAUCUCUCAAAACUAAUGUGUCUGAAGACCUUGUUGCUGCAUGGAAAUAUUAUAACGUCGCUUCGUACUGCCCCUGUUUGCCUACCUCAGAAUCUGACUGUCUUUUCUUUGGCAGAAAAUGAAAUCAGAGACUUAAAUGAGGUUUCUUUCCUGGCUUCCCUCCCUCAACUGGAACAGCUGUCAGUAAUGAACAAUCCUUGUGUGAUGGCCACACCUUCAAUCCCUGGCUUUGACUACAGGCCGUACAUAGUCAGCUGGUGUCUCAACCUUAAAGUUCUGGAUGGAUACAUGGUUUCUCAGAAGGAAAGUUUGAAAGCAGAAUGGCUCUACAGUCAAGGUAAAGGAAGAUCAUAUCGACCUGGGCAGCAUGUUCAGUUAGUCCAGUACUUGGCUACUGUUUGUCCUCUUAUAUCUACACACGGUCUCCAGACUGAAGAAGAUGCCAAACUGGAAAAAAUACUGAGUAAGCAAAGGCUCCACCAAAGGCAGCUGAUGUAUCAAAACCAAAAUGAAGGACCAGCUACAUCUUCUGCUUCCAACAGAACUUUGCCUGUUACUUCUGAACACAGCAGUCCAACCCAUCCACCCCAGAUAGUUCUUGAUAAUGAACGUGUCAUCCAGAAGAAUUCCUGGGUUGGACCAAGUGUGAAUGAUGAUCAUUCCUAUGCAGUAAAGAACGCUUUUCUUCAUGAACGAAAUUGUCACAAGGAGCUGUACCUUGAAGACAUACAGACUGAUGAAGACAAAUUAAAUAGCAGCCUGUUAUCUUCAGAGUCUACUUUCAUGCCAGUUGCUUCAGGAUUGUCUCCAGUGUCUCCUAUUUCAGACCCGAAGUUAUGUGGAAUCAGUUUGGACCUGGAAGACAAUGAUAGUACUGUAAUUGAAUUUGCAAAAGAUGCAAAUAGAGGAGAAACAGCUAACAAGCAAGAAGAAACUUCUUGGCUUAUGAAAGAGGACUCCAACAAAGUGACAGAAAGUGUAGAAACUCGAGAGCAAAUCAAAGACAGGGUGCAGUUAUCAUCUCUUGAUCUGGUAAAGGCUAACCAGGCUAAUGCUAGCAAUUCUUCAGCAUCCUCUGAAGACCAAGUUUUGCACAGUCGGCCUGGCAACUCAGUAGGUGCUGAAUUGAAAGUUACAACACUCUGUACUGAGCAGGUGACAAGAGAAAAUUCGGCUCAUUUAGCUGCUGUUGCUCAAGGUGCAGAUGAACUGCACAGAAUGACUGAAGCAGCUACCAAGCUUCAAGCCUGCUGGAGGGGGUUUUAUGCAAGGAAUUACCACCCCCGAGUCAAGGAAGUGAGAUAUGAAAUUCGACUGAGCAGGAUGCAGCAGCACAUAAUUUGUUUAACUGAUGAAAUACAAAAACUAAGAAAAGAAAGAGAGGAAGAUAAGAUUCAGAGGCUUGUACAGGAGGAAGCUGUCAGAUUUCUUUGGAACCAGGUUAAAUCCCUUCAACAGUGGCAGCUUACAGUGACACAACACUUAGGUGUCGCUUGUCAACCUGGGAUCCCUUCAGCUGGUACUUCUUGUCUAUUGGAACCAUCUGCUCAAACAUCUACACCUGAGCAAGAAACCCCAUCAGAUGUUAGUCCUGCUUGGUUAGCUCCAGCUAGUGAUGUUCUUCAGGAGAAGUCUUUGUUACAAUUCCCAGAUUCUGGUUUUCAUUCUGCCAUGGCUGACCAGACUCAUACUGGUGACUCGUGUAGCUAUGAAAAGAGUCUAACAGAAGGAACUGAGGGCUGUCUUUCGGUGGAAACUGUCAAACGGUGUGGCAAUUCUGUUUCAGAACAUUCUUCAGAUGUAGAAGAUGACCAUGGGGGAUGUGAACAAAGCAGAGAGAGCUCUAAUAAUGAGCAGGACAACAGGCUUCUACAGCAGUAUUUGGAAUCUGUUGAGCAACUAGAAGAGGCAGAUGAAGGGACGAACUGCAAUGAUGGAAGAGAAGAGGGUGGCUGGCCACAAAUUGAUAUUUCAGCUGAGAGCCAAGAUUCUUCUUCUGACAUUCUCUCUGUAGGUAUCCCUCAAGGCACAUCUUCCCCGACACGAGGUGAAAUGAGUCAGACACCUGACAGCUGCAAACUAAAUUCAGGAAUCAGUGAAGGGAAGCAAACAGACUGUGAUUCUUCAUUUCAGAUGCUGCAUGUUGGAAUAGCUGUGUAGUAGGCUCUAUUUCACUAAGGACUAGGGAUUCCAUUUCAGUUUUCUUUGUUUUAUUUUUUUUCUGCAUUUAUAUAAAACUUAUUUCCAUGUGUGCCUGGAUUUUAUUUAUUCAUGUUUUGCACUCACGUUAACAGUUUGUUUUAAUUAGCAUUCUGCUCAUGUUGCUGAGGACUGACAUAUACUGCUAGCUUGAAAUCACCAAAGUUUUCAGGGGCUUUCAUUAUGCGCUUUAUUUUCUAACACUUAGCUGAUAUUCUAGUAACUGGCUUCCUUGAAAUUAGUUCUGAAGGGGCGCAGGGUGGUGUUGGCUGUAAAUUCACCUCAGUGAAAGUGUUAGUUAGUCUUGUGAUUUUAUUUUUUUUUUUCUUCUAGAGAGCAGAAUUGAAUCCUUAUUCUUCAAAGAGAAAAAUCUGAUGAAAAAAGAUGAAAGCAGUUGCCUUUCAGAGUUUUUGACUACAGCAAGUGUUAGCUAGUGUUUCAAAAAUGUGUUCCAUGAAUCCUGUUCCAAGCCAGUGACAUCUUUUUGUCUUUUACUUGAAGCUGCUGUCUUGGAAUUUGGUCAGUUACAUGGAUUCUGAAACAAAGAAGAGUCAGACCUUAGGGAACUUGAGACAAACUUUAGUCUUUGUUUUCCCUGGUGUUGAAUUUUCCUGUUUUUUCUCAGGUAAGAAAAAACUCCAAGUGGAACAUACAGCAGCCUUUACUAAAUAAGUUUCAGAAGGGCAUAUGAUCUGGGAGCUUAGUUUCCAAGAAUACACUGCUGGGUUUCAGCAGCAGACUUAAUGAUCCGUAUUUUGCCUCCAGGAGGUUGCUAAUGUCAUUUGGGGAUUCAUGGCUUUCUAGACAUGAGUGUGUUUGGAUCACAACCCCUAUAUACAGGUAUGAAUAUUAAAAACAAAUGUCAUGGCUUAAAACUAUUGAUAUCUCUCUUGGUUGUUUUGGGGGGGGGUCGUUUUUUCCUUUUUCUACUUUUUGGUAUUUGACAUUCCAAUUACAUGCAGAUAAAAAACUGUAUUAAUUGCCUAUUGGAAAAUGUGCUUAGUUUCCUAAACUCUGCUUUUCACUUAAACACCACGCAAGGAAUUGCAUUUGUGUUUUGUCUAAGCCAUUUAAUUUUUUUUUUUUUUUAUUAUUAU